CGCCCUUUUUUUUCACCACUCUCUCAAAUUUUCUCCUUCCCGCUCACCGUAACGCACUUUUUAGGGUUUUCGGAUUUCUACACUUUUGUUCCCCCGCGAAAACCUUACUUUCUUUCUUCAUUCUCACCGGAAAGUUUCAGAUUUUGCGGGAAAAAUGCCUCCGCCGGUUAACCUGUCCGAAGGCGCGAUAUCGAUGUUGAUAAACGGCGAAGGGCAGGUCGCCGAUAUGAAGCCCGUGCUGCAGGUCGCCGAUAUACGGCUUGUGAACACCCAGAACCAGAGCAGCGCCAAUGAGCGGUACCGGAUUAUGCUGUCCGACGGGGAGUUCCUCCAACAAGGGAUGUUGGCCACGCAGCGCAACGAUCUUGUUCGGUCACAGCAGAUCCAGAAAGGCUCCAUUAUUCAAUUGAAUCAGUUCGUCUGUAAUGUCAUCCAAAAUCGCAUGAUAAUCAUUAUCAUUGAGGUGGAUGUGAUUCUUGACACGUGUGAUCCUAUUGGGGACCCGAAACAAUUUCCUCUGAAGACGAAUGGUAAUACCCCCGUAACCCCUCCCAUGGCAAGGACAUCUCCACCAGUUCAGUCUUAUGUGAAUCAGUCAGGGUCUGCAACUGGCAAUCCUCAGUCCUUUACUUCAGGGGGAGGUGCUACUGGCUUUGAAAGUAAACCAAAUGUCUCUGGAGGAAUUCCUUCUCAACCUUUUGAGACAAAUCGCCAGGUUGGUCAUGGUAGUGCUGUCAGCAAUGUUGACUUACCUCGAUGUAAUUCUCCAAGUGCACCCGUUUAUCCCAAAGUGGAAUCUGGUGCUGGGGCUUCCAGACUUUCCACAAACAGUUAUUUGCGCCCACCUCAGCCAUCAUAUCAGCAUCCAUCACCAAUGUUUUCAAAUAGAGGGCCCGUAGCUAGGAAUGAAGCACCUCCACGUAUCAUUCCUAUUGCUGCUCUGAAUCCUUAUCAAAACCGUUGGACUAUAAAGGCCAGGGUAACUGCAAAAGGAGAACUUAGACACUACAAUAAUGCUCGAGGUGAUGGUAAAGUAUUCUCUUUUGAUCUUCUUGAUUCCGAUGGUGGGGAAAUAAGGGUAACAUGCUUUAAUGCAGUGGCUGACCAAUUUUACGACCAGAUUGAACCAAAUAAAGUAUAUUUGAUUUCAAAAGGUAACGUGAGAGUUCUCCAGGACAGAGCAAAAGCUUUCAAUAACCUGCGAAAUGAUCAUGAAAUUCACCUUGAAAGCACUUCAACAGUACAGCCUUGCUUGGAGGAUGAUAAAUCAAUUCCUCAACAGCAAUUUCACUUUAGGUCCAUAAGUGAAAUAGAAGAAAUGGACAACAAUACUGUUAUAGAUGUGAUUGGUAUAGUCUCAUCUAUUAGUCCCAGUAGUUCAAUCAUGAGGAAAAAUGGAACUGAAACUCUGAAAAGAUCCCUCCAAUUGAAAGACAUGUCUGGUAGAAGCGUUGAAUUGACUUUGUGGGGAAAUUUUUGCAAUGCAGAAGGGCAAACGGUUCAAAACAUGUGUGAUUCUGGUGUCUUCCCUGUAUUGGCAGUGAAAGCCUGCAGAAUCAAUGACUUCAAUGGGAAAGCAAUAGGGACUAUAUCUCCAAGCCAAAUGUUCAUUGAACCUGAUUAUCCUGAGGCACACAAACUUAGGGAAUGGUUUGACAAGGAUGGGAAGAAUGCCCCUGUUAUAUCCAUCUCUAGAGAAACAACAUCUAUGGGCCGUACUGAUGUGAGAAAGACCAUCUCUCAGAUCAAAGACGAAAAAUUAGGGACUUCUGAGAAGCCAGAUUGGAUCACUAUUAGUGCCACUCUAAGUUACAUUAAACCAGAAAACUUUUGCUACAAUGCAUGCCCCAUCAUGAUUGGGGAACGGCAGUGUAAUAAAAAGGUCACAAAUGAUGCAACUGGAAAGUGGCUAUGUGAAAGAUGUGAUAAGACUUUUGAUGAAUGUGAUUAUCGAUACAUUCUUCAAUUCCAGAUUCAGGAUCAUACUGGCUUGACUUGGGUAACUGCAUUCCAGGAAUGUGGUGAGGAGAUCAUUGGAAUGCCUGCGAAAGAAUUGCAUUACAUGAAAAAUGAAGAACAGGAAGACGAGAGAUUUCAAGAAGUUAUGCGAAAUGUUCUUUUUAAGAAGUAUAUUUUCAAAUUGAAGGUCAAAGAGGAAAUGUUUAGCGAUGAGGUGCGUGUAAAGUCUACUGCAGUAAAAGUUGAGAAGGUUAAUCCCCAAUCAGAGACCAAAUAUAUUCUGGACAUGAUUGAUAAGCUCAAAUCAGAGGAAUUUAAUUCUGUGGCUCCAAAUGCUAACAAUGUAGCUCCAAGCUCAGGACUGAACAAUACUGCAUUUGGAAGUGGAAUUAGAGAAAGUGGGAGUAAUGUUAUGAAUUAUGGCAGCAGUGCUGGAACUAUUGGAAGCAGAGUGCAGACAAGUCAAGCCGGUCCAUUUGGGAAUCAAUAUGGCGGUUCUGGGCAAGCACCGCCUGGAAGCAGAGUGCAGACAAGUCAAGCCGGUCCAUAUGGGAAUCAAUAUGGUGGUUCUGGGCAAGCACCGCCUAGUUCCCAUAUGUACACAAGCUGUAACAAUUGUGGUGGCACGGGCCAUAACUCUGUGAAUUGUCCUAAUGUCACGAGGAAUCAAGGUCAGGCAUAUGGAGGCAGCAGUGGCUUCAACAGUAGAGUAGGUUCUGGGCCAAGUGCCGGUGGUGGUGCUUCUGAUAAGUGCUAUAAGUGUGGGGAGACUGGGCACUGGUCAAGAGAUUGCCCUGGUGCUAGCAAUGUUCCUCCCGCUUAUGGAAGCAAUACAAUGAACCCGGGUGGUGGUGCUUCUGAUAAGUGCUAUAAAUGUGGGGAGACUGGACACUGGUCAAGAGAUUGCCCUGGUGCGAGCAAUGUUCCUCCUGCCUAUGGAAGCAAUACGAUGACCCCGGGAAGAUUCGGGAAUGUUCCAAGGCAACAUGUUGGUGGGUUCUGAGUUUAUGCCAUGGCAACUCUCUAGCUGCAUCCUAUGAUUGCAUUGCCUGCAUAAUCUCUACUCUUAUUCCUGUACAUUAUCUUGUUUACUUUGGAUUCAGCUUCUCUUCUGUUGGUGUUCUCUAUCAAUGUCUUUGGGGUUCAAAUUUUGCAUUAAUUAUUGUUGCUUUGUUUUCCUUGGUUGGCUAUUAGGCCUUUAUCUGCUUAGAAACAGAGUUUUUGAUGCUCCCAGUCUUGUAAAUGUAUUUAUCUACUAUUUCCUCAACUGAAUCUAAAUUAGUAGACCAAAUCAUUCUCGUUUAUUUGACACUUUUUAUUUUUAAAA